AUGUUACCAACCGAGUCAAAGAAGGCCUUAUCUUUCAAAAGAUGUAUCGAAGAUGGAGACUUAGUGAUCGUUUACGAAAGACACGAUGUGAUGAAACCGGUUAGAGUAAGCAAAGACGGCGUGCUUCAGAACCGUUUCGGAGUGUAUAAACACUCGGACUGGAUCGGGAAGCCAUUAGGAACAAAAGUGUUCAGCAACAAGGGAAAAUUCGUGUACCUCUUGGCUCCCACUCCGGAGCUGUGGACGUUGGUUUUAAGCCACAGGACUCAGAUUCUUUACAUUGCGGAUAUCAGCUUUGUGGUGAUGUACCUAGAACUCGUCCCUGGAUGCGUUGUUCUCGAGUCAGGCACUGGAAGUGGUUCGCUUUCGACUUCACUUGCUCGAGCUGUGGCUCCGACUGGACAUGUUUAUUCAUUUGAUUUCCAUGAGCAACGAGCUGACUCUGCAAGGGAGGAUUUUGAGAAGACGGGGAUUAGCAGUUUAGUGACCGUAGAGGUUAGAGACAUUCAAGGAGAAGGGUUCCCUGAGAAACUCUCAGGUUUGGCUGAUGCGGUGUUUUUAGACCUUCCACAGCCUUGGCUCGCUGUUCCUUCUGCAGCGAAAAUGUUGAAGCAGGAUGGUGUUGUAUGCUCUUUCUCACCUUGCAUUGAGCAAGUACAACGGACUUGUGAAGUCCUCAGAUCAGAAUUCAUUGAGAUAAGGACGUUCGAGGUGCUUCUGAGAACAUAUGAAGUGAAGGAGGUGAAAGUGGAUGAUGGUCAGAGACAGGACGAGGACAUUGGAGACGUGAGACCUUGCAAGAGAAAACACCGUUCAAACGAAGACAACACCGUUUCGCAUGACAACUCUUCUGUUGCUCCUGCGGCAACCACUUCUGUGGUCAUGGCUAGGCCUUGUAGCGAGGCUAGAGGUCACACCGGCUACUUAACGUUCGCAAGACUCCAGUGUCUAUCUUAG